UAUCGUUGCAGUUCGCUGUCGUAUUAUCUCGUAUCGUCCUUUUCGUUGCCAAUGUCUCUUGCCCAGCACGUUACUCAGGUUGAAGGGUUUGACUACGAAGGCCCUGCCAAUCCCAAUUAUGAAUGUCCCGCACCGCCAAGUUUUCAAGGCCCUUUUGGCGCGCCCGAUAUUCUGAGUCCUGGGGUCGGAGACGAUACAAAUAAGUCAGAAUGGCGACGGCUGAGCUUUGCCCCGGUCGACAUCACACAGGAUGAGCCUCACAUCGCGGCCUACAAGGUCUCGGACGUUAAGCGAUUUGUCCAAGUUGCAACUGCCGUGAUAGCAUGCUGGCUUGCAUCUGGCAUCGUGUUCGGCUUCGCCGCUCUCAAACCAAUCUUGAUCUCCGAGGGCGUCUACCAAGAGCUCUGUCAGGUCAACACGUCGCGUCUAGGCGAUGAUCCAAGCCUCAAUGUCCCCUGUGCCGAGCAGGAUAUGCGGUUAAACCUCUUUUUCAUAUCUGCAUCCAUCUCUGCAAACGUCUCGUCUCUCUUUGCCGGCUCUGUCCUCGACCGUUACGGACGUCGUACAUGCUGGAUAGUAUCCAGUCUCUUCCUGAUCGCCGGUGCCCUGUUGAUGGGCUCCUCUUUUGCCAUCCCAAAGUUCGACGGUUAUCUCCUAGGGAAUGUUUUUCUUGCAGUCGGGGGAACAUUUCUCUUUGUAUCCAGCUUCCAACUCGCCAAUGCCUUCCCCAAGAACUCAGGCCUGAUCGUUGCCCUCGUCACUGGAGCUUUUGAUGCUUCAGCAGCUGUCUUUCUCUUCUACCGCAUGGCUUAUGAGGCCUCCGGUGGAAGUUUCUCGCUUGAAAAGUUCUUCUUUGGAUACAUUGCCAUUCCAGUAUUGAUCCUGGUGGCCGAACUACUUUGGAUGCCCUCCCAUGCAUACCACACAUUGCCAGAGCUGGAGAAGAAGAUCGAGCAGGUGCAAGAUCAGACUCGCGAUGUUCAUGCUUCGGAUGAAGAGAUUUCCGACACUGCCGAAUUGACUCGAGUGCGAAGUGCUCGUGCCGAUAGACGUGUGGCCAAGCUUGAAAAGAUUGAAGAGCUUGCGGGAGACAGUGAGGAACGAGAGCAGCGUAUCAAGAUUGAAGAGGGGAGAAACGAAACCAGUGGUGUUUGGGGAGUCCUUCACGGUGUCCCAGCUCAUCGUCAGAUGCUGUCGCCAUGGUUCAUUCUCAUCCUGUUGUUGACUGUGCUUCAGAUGCUCAGAAUGAACUACUUCAUUGCCAGCAUCAGGGCUCAAUACAGGUAUAUGUUGGGGUCAGACACCAGAGCAGAGCAGAUCAACGACUUCUUUGACGUGGCUUUACCCCUGGGUGGUGUUGCCUCGACUCCAUUCAUCGGCCUGCUGCUCAACAAUCUGAGCGUGCCCUCCACCUUUGGAGUGCUGACCAUCUUUAUCAUUGUUAUUGGAGUUCUCAAUUGUUUGUCAUUUCUCUGGGCUGGAUAUGCUACGGUCGUAGCAUUUGUCAUCUUUCGGCCGCUGUAUUACUCUGCUAUCUCUGACUACGCUACGAAAGUCUUCGGGUUUGCCACCUUUGGGCGCAUCUACGGAACCAUAACCUGUCUUUCUGGACUCGUCAAUUUUGCCCAGUCUGGGCUUGAUGCCCUGACACAUGGGCCUCUAGAUGGGAACCCCGUCCCUAUCAACGCCACCCUGGGAGGUCUCGGAGCGGUUAUUGGCCUGAUUCUGACGAUCUUCGUUGCUAUUAAAGGGAGAAUGUUUGUGGAUCAAAAGGCGGAGAUGGAGGCAGAUCAUGAGAGGGAACGACUUCUAUCUGAUGCGAAUGGCGGGUAUGGCACGGGGGGACAAGCAUGA